AUGAAUCGAUCCGCGCGAAGUAAACCUGUCAAUCUUAAUGCACAUACAAUUUUACUCAUACAAACUGGCAGGGGAUCCGAUUCGAAGACAUUUUCGGACUAUGACUGUCUGGAUGAAGCCUUAGAAGGUAUAUGCAAGACGUUUGAAGAACAUCUGAAGCGAACAAAUCCUACCAAGCCUACCAUCACAUACGAUAUCUCUCAGCUCUUUGAUUUCAUCGACCAACUACCCGACCUCAGUUGUUUCCUGUUGGAAAAAGAGUAUGGACUGUAUGCUCCGUAUGACAAGGACUGGAUCAAAACCCAGGUUUACGAGCUGCUUCGAAAACAAGCGGCUAAAUAA